AUGAAGGCCAUCAACGAGGCUUGCCGCUCUAAAGGCGGCCACUAUGCAACGUACAGUUGCCAGGUGGUCUCCUGGGAUGAUGUCAGCCGCGGGACAACGGGCGGCUCCUUGUCUUGCUGGGGGGCGAACAUCACGGACACCUACCUCAAGAGCAAGACUGGGCAGCGCCUCUUUACGGUGCGCAGUGACAACUGGAACGAAAAGCUGGGCGUCGUCUCUGCCGAUGAGGUGGCCGUGGUAGCCUCUCGCACAGGUGGCACGCUGCAGCCAGUGACACUUCGGAACGUGUUGCAGCAAAUGGGUGCUUACGGCAGCUACGCUGGCCUUGAAGGACAGACUGAUCUGUCGAACGCAGCCCUAGAUGCGCAGUGCUCCAUUCGUUUCCAGACCACCUUCAUUCCCGUGGAGGAAUCCUCCGGUGGCAGAGGGAAACUUGAGUUUGCGACAGAGGCUUACAACUACAACACCACUAGCGACUCGGAUCCGCGGAAUCUCGUGUUACUCUGCACAAGCCAGGGCAUGGCUGUGCAGCAGGACGGGCGCGGCUCAAAGAGGCUCUUUCACCACGCGGUGGAAGGAAAUGGCAAGAUCCACCGCUAUUGGCUUGAAGCUGAGGAGAGCUCCCACAAGGUUGGCGGAGAGCAGCGGGAGUCUGACCAGGAGCGGGCCGAGGCCUUGGCUCGUGGCAAGGCCACUUCAAGCGUCAUCGGCGUCCGGGCGAUGGGACAGCGCUUCAACGUGCUGAUGACCGUCCAGGUCCCUCUGCAGCAGCAACCUCGACGCCAGCCUCAACUCAAAGGCGGAGGUUUGCUUGCGGGUCUCUGUGCGGCGCCAGCCUUGUUCAGCAGCAGCAAGAAUGCCAGCGGCGAUUCGUUGGAGGCCUGCAUGGAGAACGAUUGUGACGAUUGUAUGGAAAUGGAAAGCGCACCCCAGCUUCAGUCCUUGGAAUUCAAGUGUCGAAGCACAGCCGUUCGGAGAAGUGCUCCUGCACCCAAAGGGCUCAGCAGCGCCGCGCGCGUCUCUCGCGGCACGGAGCACGACGUCUGGAAAGGCUUGUCCAUCAAGUCGCCCAAGCGAAAUGGAACCGAGCACGUGACUGUAACCGUUGUGAUCUACAAUGCUGUCAGAGGGGGUGUGCCGACGCCACAGGACGUCGCGGCCGCCAUUGACGAUCUCGAGGGCCUCUACCGCGCCUGUGCCGACACUGGCCGCCUGGCAGACACCAAGUUCGAUUUCAUGAAGGAGCAACUAAAGGUCGACGAUAUGAUGGACAUCACAACGAAAAUUGCAUUCCAACCUCCAGCAGUGGACGUUCUCCAGCACGAUGUAUUUCCUGCCGCCUGA